AAAAAACAAAAUCAUGACCACCACAACAAAAAACAAACAAGAGAGAGGAAAAAAACAAUCCACUUCCAGUUAUGUCUCUACUGUCACUGGUAGACAACAUGUGAAGACAGAGUUCCGAUCCACACUGACCUAUCCCAGCAAACCAGCAGUAACUUUUUGGUUGGGUAGUGAAUAAUCUCAACGAGCCUGCAACUUCUGGGUAAGAUCAACUCUUUGAGCCUAAAGCUGUGAGCACAACUUCCUGGGGCCUGAGCCCAGCUGGGAGCUACUAGAUGGAACCAACAGCUUGCUCUGAGUUCUGAGCUCAGCCAUCCCUCUCCAAAAUGGCUCCUGGCCAAUGGCACUCUCUUGCAGGAUGACCGAGCCCUCAGCACUCACUGCCAGCUCGUUCAGUUCUUUACAUCUGCUGCUGCCCUGCACUGCUGUGUCUCUCCAUGGAGGCCUCUAGGGUCGCCAGCAGUCACUGUGUGUCCAAGGGUUUGAGCCACUCCUCUUGCAUAAUCACGUGGCCAAGGAGCCAGUGGAAGACACAGACCCCAGCACUUUCUCUUUUAACAUGAUUCUACAGUCAGACAAAUAUCCUAUUCAAGAUACGGCACUCCCUAAAGCCGAAGAGUGUGAUACAGUUACUUUGAACUCUCCACCAAAUUCUGAUGAGCAACAUCAGGCAGAAGAAAAUGGCUUUCCAGACAGUAUUGGAGAUCCCCUUUCAGAUGUCAGCAAGGACCACCCCUGCAAAGAAGACUGUGCUUGUUGCUCCUGCUUGCUGCGGGCCCCCACCAUAAGUGACUUGCUCAAUGACCAGGACUUAUUAGAUGUGAUCAGGAUAAAGCUAGAUCCGUGCCACCCAACAGUGAAAAACUGGCGGAAUUUUGCAAGCAAAUGGGGCAUGCCCUAUGACGAACUGUGCUUCCUGGAGCAGAGACCUCAGAGCCCCACCCUGGAGUUUCUGCUGCGCAACAGCCAGAGGACGGUGGACCAGCUGAUGGAGCUGUGUCUCCUCUACCACCGCGCCGAUGUGGAGAAGGUCCUGCGCAGGUGGGUGGAGGAGGAGUGGCCCAGGCGGGGACGAGCUGACCGCUCUGACCACCGCUCGCACGUCUAGAGCCCCUGUCCCCCUGGCACGGGCCUGCUGCACCCUGGAGCAACCACAGCCAAGGAGGAGUGUGAACCUGUUCCUUUUAAGAGUUUAGGAUGAGGACAUGGAAUGGUGGACACUGUUUUCCCCAAGGCUGGUGGUUUUGAGGAGGAGUAGUUUCUGGUUUGGUGGCAGAUCGUUUAUUUCUUUUUGCACAUCUGAUUUAAUUUAAUAUUUGAAUGUGGAAUUGGGAAAAAAUAUUUUAUAGACUUACAUAAGGGAAAAUGGCUACAAUCAGGGUGGAUUCAUGCCGUGAUGAAAAUAAAACGAUCCUCUCAAGUACUGCUGGAGAUUUCAGGGGGACCCAAGACUGUUGAUGGCUCUAGACAUAAGGACAUCAUCCCUGCAAGCACCUUGGUGACCAGCACAUGCACAGCCUAGCAGAGGACAGCAAUGAGAAGUUACCCUGUUUUGUCUCUUUGUUAUUGUUUUGUUGUAAAGUGCUUAGGUGAUUAACAAGGGCUAGUACUAUGUGGACAUAUGCUAUAGACCACGUGUGCCAUCUUUUUUAUUCAAAGUUGUGUACCCUAUAGACUAUCCGCAAUGUCAUUUGCUUCGAUAUUUUUCAAAGAAAUAUGAAAACUGGUCAUUACUGGGAGGACAGAGUGAAGAAUCAGAGUUUAAUAAGUAUCAUGGGAACGGUAAUUGACAAAGAAUCCUACUCAAAAUGCCCUUUUGUUAUCCAGGAUUUUUUAAAAGUUAAUUUAAUAUUUACUUUUUCUCUUUUAUGAAAGGUGGAGUGCUUCCUCCCUGAGAGGAAACCCAGUUAAUUAAUAAAUAAGAAUCACCUGGCCCAUUGUUGAACUGCACCCUCCUCUAGCACCUAAUAUCCCAGAUGAAAAUUAGACCCACUGACGCCACAGGAGAGGGUGGCCAUACAGAGGAACAUCUCUGCUGAUGAAUUAAAAUCCAACUCUCAAAAGAUUUUACACCAAAUGGAAAGUUUGGUUUAAAGAAUAUCGAUGUUCUUACUUGAUUAUUUUAGGAAUAGGCAAUUAUGGGGAUGGGAGGAUUUGUAACUGAAGAAGUCAGAUUUUCUAGGCUCUUUGGGGGCAAAAAGAGACAGAGGCAGAGCUUGGCUGAGCUGACAAGUCCACAAAAGGGCUAUUUGGUUUUGGCCAUGGGCUUAGAAAGUGAAGGCCCUCUGUUCAGUUUGUGGGGGCUUCUGUAUUAGCCCCCAAUUAAAAAUAAACCAAAGGGAUAAAUAGUGCUGACUAGACACCCCAGAAAGAUUAGGGUUGGCUCUAAAUUAGUUGCUAAACCACCAUGUUUCUUCUGCUAAUGGUUAUGGGGUUUCAUUAGGUUGCUAAUACACAGUCAGCGUCCCUGCCAGAGGCAAACUUCGGAGCAGCCUCUGCUGCAGACACGUGCUCAUCCGUCCCGGCCGGUGGUCAUCACACCUGGCCAGAGUUACCAGGUCAAUGUCACACUUUUUGCCUCAUAUAUUUAAUGUAACAACCAGUAAUGAAAUGUGAUGUAAAAAAUUGAUUCUCUAGGAAAUUGGUGUUCAAUGAGGCAUUUGUUAAAUGUGUACUUCACAGAAUCAGCCAGGAUCCAGUUCUGUAGAGAACUUGAUGGGGGACAUUCUAGUUGCCCGCGAAUUUGAUUUGAUGUACUACAUCCCCUCUCUCUGUCUUUUUUGAGACAGGAUCUCGCUGUGCAGUUCAGGCUGGCCUUGAACUCACUUUGUAGCCCAG